AUGAACGAUGAGAAGCUAGAUCUCAAGGAUAGCGCCUCUGAGCACUCUACUUCAUUAUCGCUGCCCUUACCAGAAUGGGAACCCAGCCAUGAGCAAAAAGCUCGCAGAAAGAUCGAUAUGUCGGUGCUGCCUCUGCUUUUUCUCGGUCUUCUUGUUUUCCAGCUAGACCGCAUGAAUAUUGCGAGCGCAUUGACUGGUGGCUUCGCCGCUGAUAUCAACGUUUCACAGUCCACAAUUAAUUUGGGAAAUCAGCUCAUGUUUAUGGGUAUCGUGGUGUUUGAGAUACCAUGUAAUAUGGCCUUGCAACGAAUUGGUCCUCGCAAGUGGAUUUCGGCCCAGGUCUUUCUCUUCGGCUUACUUGCUACCAUGCAAGUAUUUGUCCACAAUCGAGGAUCUUUCUUGGCUAUACGGCUGCUUCUAGGGUUCGCUGAGGCAGGAUAUAUUCCCGGUGCAGUCUAUACUUUGUCGUCGUGGUAUACGAAAAGAGAAUUAGCUAAGAGAGUUGCGAUUUUCUUCUUUGGGAUGUUUGGCGGCAACGCUCUAAGCCCUAUCCUAGCCUCUGGCAUUCUGCUUCUUGAUGGUCGACACGGCAUUCGAGGAUGGCGGUGGCUCUUCCUAAUCGAGGGGUUGUUCACUAUAUCUGUCUCAUUCCUCCUAUUACUAUUUCUACCUGGAUCACCCGAUCUCACCCGGCCAUUGUUGAGCCCGGGGAUUAUCAAAUUCACAGAUUCCGAGAAGGAGAUUCUUCAAAAAAGACUCGAAUACGACAAUGGCGGAAGUACCGAGGGCGCGUAUGGCGUGCGCAUUCCAUUGAAAGUUGUCUUUCGUACUGUGUGUUGCUACCGUCGCUGGCCGCACUUCAUCUCUACAUUCGUCGUGUUUUCGACAUGGAGUCCUCUAACCACCUACACGCCGUCCAUCAUCAUGUGA